CCCGGCCCGGGCGGCACCGGGACGCGCUUGGCACAGCAGGCGCUCGACAACCCGCCGGGCAGGAGGCGGCCUGCCCUCGCCUCCUUCUCCGCCUUCAGCUUCGUCCCGCCCAGACGGGAAGGGCCGCCGGAGCUCAGCUAUUUCAGCCGGGCGCCCAAGACAGGAGAUUCUUUCACCUAUGAUGCCGUUUUUAAUACACCAGAAGGUUACGACCAAUAUCUUCCGCGAUGUGACAGAAAACACGCUAAGGGUCAUGGCCUUAAAAUUCAUGAGGAGGAAAUGGCAAGAGCUGUUCCUGUGCGGACAUCUGCAGAGUAUGGGAAGCGUGCAGACAAGACCUUAGACCCAGCAACCAGGGAGCAUGUAAAGGUUUGUAGCCUGCAUGCAGCAAUCUACGGGGAAGGCAGCCGCCCUGCUCAUUGAAAAAAGCCUUCUCCAGGCCUGGAUCCAUGGGAAAUCUCUUGUAUCUGUCAUUGCCAGCAACAUUUAUCUGGGACAAAAAAAACAACCCACUUUGAAAAGCAAUAAGGUGCUUUUGCCUUUUCUUCUACAGUUUAGUUAAUGAGAAUGAUCUGGAUUAAAAAUAGGGUGAAAUAGCAGCUGCACUUUUUUUCAUGUUAAUUAAAAUGCGUAUGUUCUCCUUACAUUCUCAUAAAAAUCUCAUGAAGAGCAGCACCAACAAGGGCUUUUUAGAACAUUUUAGGAAGCAAUGCUGGGAAUGAGACCUGUUGGGUCAAAAGCUGUGUCUGCAAUUUUAGGCAGUGCUUCUACAUAACCAUUCACAGACCUGACAUUUAAGGAAACUUGCCCCUCAAGGUAUCAGUGGUCACAGAUUUUUCAAUCCUUACAGAGUUGCUAAAGAAUCGUGAGACAUUGUUUUAUGUGCACAACAGCUGAAAUGGAUAUUCAGCUCAGAAUUUUCAAAAAUGUAUGGGCUUAUGUGCUUAGCAGUUUCAGUAGACUUCAAGUGGAACUUGAGUUAAAAGGAACUUCUGAGCACUUAGCAUUUGAAGAGACAAAAUCUGGGUUUAGCUGAAUUCAGACAUUCAUUUCACUGACUUCCAUUAUAGGAAUGGUGUCUGACAGAUUUAACAAGAAAAAACAUCAUUGGUUCUGUAUCCAAUCUGAAAAUAAUGA